UAUUAAAUGUUCAAGUCUCUGAAUAAGAAAGGCUAUAGAGUUCUGUGAAUGAUGCUACUGUCUUUUGGACGUUUCCCCACAAACCCCUCCGAGUUAUGUAAAGAAUGUGUGCCAGACUGCUGCCCGCGACCGGAUGUCUUUCAUAAUGAAAACAGGCUUCGGGAGGAAACGCCCAGCCAGUGCAGACUCAGGUGCAGUCCGUUAUGAAUUAUAGUAUUUAUUUGUUCAUUUGAUUUAUUCAUAACCUGGUGGAGGCACCUUUCCCCUCAGCAGUGAAUGAAGUGAUUUUUCCAUCUGUUUUGUUGGAAUAUUAUGAUCCUGCCAGGAGGGAGGAAAGUAAAAUGAGGUUGCUUUUCCAAAUCUGUCUGAAUGGAUGAUCAAAACAUUUAAAACUAGUGACUUAAUCAUAAGGUUCAAGGCAAAUGCAAGGUCUGUCAAAUCUGUCACCAAACCAGAAAAAGAUUUCCUUCCACAUUUUCAAUAUGGAUUAUCAUUUGACAACUAAACAAAACCUAAAUUCUUUGUUUAAUAACUUCCUGUAUUAGUAAACUGUAGUCAUUGUAUGUCUGUUUCACUUGAACACUUGGGCCAAAUACAGGAAAUAUGUCAUGUAAGUAGACAAGUGGCCAAGUGCAAAGACCGCAAGUGUGGGUAUUUGGACAAGGCCAAAGUUUCCUGCAGUCAUCACCAUUACUGAAUCUACAGUUAGACGAGUCUUAUUCUGAAAUGAAAGACUCUUGUGAGCUGGUACUCUUUGUGAUUCACAAACACUUGUGAAUCAUUCAAAGGAGCGAUUAACUUUUGUGAAAACUAAAGAUUACUGAAUUGAACUUUAUUUUUGUCUCUGACAUGAUGAUUAAACGUGUUAUGUUGAACUUAAUGCUCAUGAGAAUACAAUCAUACUUGAUGAUAGCUCAUACAAGUUGUUUUGCAAUCAGUGGUAAUUUAUUGAAAUUAAUUUAUAAAUCUCAUUAUUUGGCAACAGCUGAUUGUUUGAAUUGCACUUCAGAUAUUUCUACCUCUGAUGUUUUCUACUAAAAAAGUAUAUAAUGGAACCCAAACAGAAAUGGUUAACAUGAAUCGGAACCGUCCCUAAUCAUAGCGCUAUCCAAGUGCUGCCUAAGUAGCCUAGGCAGUUGACUAGAAUUUGAAACACCGCCGCUGUGGUAACUAUUCCUUCUUGUGGCAAUGUAUCCGAGAUUGACUGUGAGCGUCUCUCUUCAGUUGGGAGUUUGAAGAAGGGGCGGGACGAUCUGAAUAAUCUCAUAACCGCUGAGGUUCAAGGCGCUGGAUGGUGUAUAAUGGAUCCCAUACGCGCGUGCAAAGUUUGCGAGCGCCGAACCGAGACGUAUUUUCAUUUGACAACCUCAAAGCCACGGACACUGUCCGUAUCUACGACAGGCUGUCCUGUUGAAAAGAGCAGCCAUGGACUUUAAUCUAGCGCUGAGUAGAUCACAUGAAAGGGGCGAGUCGCUGGAGCUGUUAGAAACAUUUUCAUGAACGUAUAGCUAGUGAAGUCGCUCAGGGACUUUAUACGGAUGAUUGCAAUGAUUAUUGAACUCACGGGAGCCCAAACAGCGCGUGCCAGCUGUCUAGAAAUGACCCUACUGCAAGAAUGAUGAUGAUGAUGAUGACGAUGAAGGGGUGCAAGUGAACGUUUCAGUUACUUGGCGGACCAGUGCUGGAAUGGAGGCUGCAUCUACCUGAUCAUGUUGCGAAGAAUUAAACGCAAGGCUCCUCUCCCUCCAUGCAAUGGCAGUGGGGGCAACUCCGUGGACGUCUCUGAUGAGCACCAGCGUAAUGUUUCUUCUGAGCCUGCAGGCAGCCCCACACAGAAUGGACAAAAUGGCAAACGAACCCGCAAAUUUGGCGUCAUUUCCCGCUCCUCCUUUACUCGCAACAGCAAAGACAGUAAAGAUAGCAGGGACAUUGAGCAUGAGAAUGGCUACAGCUCCAUGGAGGCAGAGGUCACGUCCCCAGAGAGCAGCACCCCUCAGGACACACCUACUGAUGAUAGUCCGGUCAUUGGCUCCUCGGUGCUGAUGUCCAAUCACAUGAAGGUGGGAAGCACAGCCACUCUACCCAGCCGCUCCCGCUCACGCCUGUCUGAAAGCUACAAAACUGAGUCAAUAAGCAGUGAACCUUACAGUCAGCCCCGUGAGGGCAGCCGGAUCUGGAAGAUGCACAUGGUGAAGGGUCAGGAUGGACUGGGUAUCCAGAUCACGGGCGGGCGAGGGUCCAAGCGCUCUCCUCACGGUAUCAUCGUGGCCCACGUGGAAGAGGGAGGAGCUGCACAGAGUGUGAUGCAAGUGGCGGCAUGGUGGUCAGAUCAGGGCCAUCAAUACAGCAUGAUAGAUGGCCGUCUGAAAGCAGGGGACGAGUUACUGAUGAUAAACGGUCACUCCCUGGUAGGACUCUCACACCAGGAGGCUGUAGCCGUCCUGCGGUCCACUGCUGGACUCGUGCAGCUGGUAGUGGCCAGCAGGGAUGAAUCUGAAGUGGACUUCCACAAGUACCCGUCCACCAGCUUGCCCGACCUAGUGAGCACGUGCUCUGGUCCGGACGCCUCUCCCUCCCCUGGGGAAGAGAAGGAGAACAUGGAGCCGGAUGUGGAGGACGUGAGGGCCAGCAGCCUUUCACUGCCCACCCAAGACUUGUUUACAGAUUUUGACAGACUGGAGGAACGUGGCAGGUUUGAGAGUUCCAAGGGAUGUUGCCGAAGCCCCACACCAAUGAAGUUCCGUAGCAGAUCUCAAGGUGGAGGAAGCCGCCUGGAGUCUGUUGGAGAAGACGAUGAGCUUAUCGUGGAAAACGGUGAUGCAGGAAGUGAUGUGGCAGAAAAGCCUGCGCGAGGAGGACGCAAACAUUCCCUCCCGCAGCAGCUGGAUACAGUUGGCAUUCGACAGGAAUAUCAAAUUGUGAAGAAAUCGGCUCGUUCCCUGAGCACUGUUCAAGUGGAAUCUCCAUGGCGACUGGCACAGCCAUCCAUAAUCUCCAACAUUGUCCUAAUGAAAGGACAGGGCAAGGGUCUCGGCUUCAGCAUUGUUGGUGGGCAGGAUUCAGCCCGGGGGAGGAUGGGUAUAUUCGUCAAGACAAUUUUCCCCAAUGGAGCGGCUGCAGCAGACGGGAGACUGAAGGAAGGUGAUGAGAUAUUGGAAGUGAAUGGAGAGUCUCUUCAAGGCCUCACGCACCAGCAAGCCAUUCAGACCUUCAAGCAACUGAAGAAGGGAGUAGUUACCCUAACUGUGAGGACCCGUCUGAGAAGCCCAAGUCUUACACCCUGUCCCACGCCCACCCUACUCAGCAGAUCCAGCUCUCCAAACUCAAAUGCCAGUGGUGGGACUCCAGUCCCUCCUAGCUUUGAAGAUGGGGACUCUCGUAAGGGGCCUGGUCCCAAAGAUCGCAUUAUCAUGGAGGUUACACUAAACAAAGAGCCAGGUGUGGGGCUGGGUAUCGGUGCCUGUUGUCUAACACUGGAAAACAGCGCUCCUGGGAUCUACAUCCACAGCUUGGCUCCAGGAUCUGUUGCCAAAAUGGAUAGCAGACUCAGUCGAGGAGACCAGCUCCUGGAGGUGGACUCUGUGAGCCUGAGACACGCAGCGUUGAGUGAAGCCUAUGCUAUCCUGAGUGAAUGCGGACCCGGCCCAGUCAGCCUCAUCAUCAGCCGACAUCCAAACCCCAAAGUGUCUGAACAGGAGAUGGAUGAAGUGAUCACUCGCUCCACUCACAGAGACAGUCAUUCUUCCCACACGCUCGGGCUGCCGUCGAAGAGUCCAUCUCCCACUGUUAAAGUCAAGCAGGGUGAGGGUAAUCCUGCUCUCAGCUGGACCAUGAAGAGAUUCCUUGAGCCAGCCAGCAGGCAAGGUUCAUUGAGUUCAGAGGCAGAGCUCUCUCAGUAUUUCUCGGUUCACGAUGCACCCAGCCAUUCUUCCCUUUCUGAGACCAUGGCGAUGGGAUCCAGUGAUGACGACAUGCUGCACAGUAGCAGGAGCUGUAAUACAUCUAUGGAGGAAUCAGCAGCACCUCGGCCGCAUGUCUAUCAGGAUUGCUCCUAUAGGGGUUCAGACAGUAGUCCCACAACCCCAGAAUGUUGUAAAGCCUCUGGAGGGGCUGGUCGCACUGCAGACCCACCCCAACAGGCCAGCGUGGGAAGCAGUCCGAGUUCUGUUCGCAGCCCACUUCUUCGUCAGCGUCGGGUCAUAUGCUAUGAUGAUGAACCUAGCGAUGAUGAAACCGGCCUUGAAGAGGACAGUGGCCCUUUCCGUCGCCGCCUUCGCGGGGUCUCGGAUGUCGGCCACCACCACCACCAAGAGGAAGACUCUGGUAUUGUAAUAGCAACGUCAUCUGUCGAGGUCGAUGAUGAAAGCCAGGAUAGCAGUGAGAGCCACAGACAGAUCGGCAGUGAACCGGCCACUCCGCUCUACGGCAGCUCGCUCGAAUCUGAGGAAGGACCUAGUGGCCAGCCUAGCCCCGAAUCUCCCUUCAUGUCCAUUCGCUGUAUGGAGGCAGCCGGAGGAACAAACCUCGGCAUCAAAAAAGAUGCCCAUCGAGAAGGGCAGGAGGUCAAACGCUCACCCAAGCUGGAGCACAAAGCUGUGACUCGUGUCAAGAGCAUGAUGAGCAUUGAGUGCCCCAACCCUCCACAAAGAGCCAAGGGUGAAGAACAACCUUUACUCCCAGCAACCGCUGCCCAGGUUGCACAGAACAACACACGGCCGCCCUGCAGGAUGCUGCACUGCAAGAAGGGGGAAUCCAGUGAGUUAGCAGGGGUUUGCACUAUUGAGACAAUAGUGCUCCAGCGUAACGAGACUGAGUCUUUCGGUCUGGAUCUGGAGAUUAAAUCUGCUCCCCUCAAGGUGCUGAUCACAGGGCUGAGACCGGGAGGCGUUGCGGAAAGGGAAGCCUCAGGGAAGAUGAGCGUUGGUGAUGAGAUUGUAACAAUUGGUGACACCCCUGUGUGUACGUCCACCUAUCAGGAGAUCUGUGACCUGAUGCACAACCUGCCAGUCACAUUGACCUUAGAGAUAAAGAAGCCAGUCUCAGCUGUAGAUCGACUUUCUAGCCUGAUUAUGUCUUCUGGCUGUGAGGGCUCGUCUAAAAUGGAGACACCUAGACCUCCAGAAGAAAGGAAUCAUAUGGACAAAACUAUUGUUGCAGCCCAAGAAAGCCUUUCAACAGAAACAAAUGUGAAACAGGCAUUAGAUAUCCACAGCAACAGCAUUCCCAUCACUAAUAUUGAUGAUGUCAUAACUGAACUGAAUUUAGCAGAAAGCAAAGAAAAAGACAAAAGUGUCUUGGAUUCCACAGAUGCAAGUGCAAAAACAGAAGAGUGCAGUCAAGUAGACGAAAGAGGGACUGCAGCACAAUCGCAACCUAACCUUCUGGAUCUCUCUGCCCUAGAUGUGGGGAACAGCGCUUGCCAUUUUCCUGUAGGAAAAACUUUUUUAAAUAGUUACUCAAGGAACUUUAAUAGUCUGGGAGAGGACAUUGUCCCUCUAGAGAAAGGACAUGGAGAGAAACCAAGUAUGUACAGUCUGGUGGAAGAUGGUGACUCUGAAAGUGACUCUGCAGACAGUGCUGUCAAAGUAGAGCCGUCUCAAGGUCACUGUGAGGGUCCUGAGGACACUGAUUCAGAUGAGGAAGAGGUUGAGCUCUGUUAUAGCACUGUCAGUCAGCCUGCAUUCAGCCAAUCAGAGGGCAGCUGUCUGCCAGAUAGAAAAAGCAUGGCCAAUUGCCAGACUUUUGACAGUCUUGCUAGUGGAGGCAUACUUGCUAGUAUGGAUCUCCACAACCCUCUGUCACUCACAAUGCAAGACAAGGAUUCCCAAGAUAAUCAUUCUGUCUCUAAGUUACCAGAUCCACUUUGCCCUCAAGUUUCAGGUGAUGACCUCCUAAAUGGGGAGAGUGGACACACUCCCACACAAUAUGAGGCAAUGUGUGCAUCUCAGAGAACACCAUCAAACUGCAACACUGAUGAAAAAUGUGAAACCAUUUCAAAAUCUGUUCAAAUCUGCCAGACACCAACAGGUGUCCCUCGUCCCACUGUUACUCAGGCUAUUAGUCACGUCACCCCAAGAAGUCAAGAGAGGACAACUGAGUUGCUCUCAGAUACAUCUCAGUCAGUAGAGAAACUCAAUACUGGGCAAGUCCCACCGGGGUCAACUUUGUCACAGCCCAAGGCAUUAAAUGGCAAAACUAGUGGGCAGGCCUCUUCUACAAUUGCUCCAAAAGACAAGGAGAGAGAGAAAGUUCAUCCUAUACUUGACUUGAAAUCAUCAGUUUCCCAAACCCAGAGUAAAUCCACCUCUUCUUGUGUCAAAUCUUUGGGAACUAAAUCCCUUAAUGACACUCCUAUCUCUCCUCUGCUGAGAAGUAGACUCAAAGUUGAUGAUAAAAAGUCAAAUACCUGUUCUAAACUUAAAGGUCUAAGUAUUAAGAGUAAAUCCAAAGACCAAGAACAGUCUGUCUUUAGAACGCCAAGGGUGGAAAGUCCAGGACAGAAAAAAGCUCUUAGCUCACCAAGUCAGUCUCCUAAACUUAUCUCCAAAAGAACUACACCAACUGGUAGCCCUAAAUCCACCAGGACAUCUGAGAAGAUCAGGGUUACUUCUUGUAAAACUGACCAACCCACUGUGUCCAGUGUCUUAAAGACAAAUUCCAUCAACACCACCAAAGAAGAACUCAAGCCUUCCAAGAAGGAACAAGUCUCAGACCUAAAGGAAGUCUCAAAAUCAGAGGUCACUGUCAUCAACACUCAAAGAACUUUCAUUGAGGUACGACUUUCAUCCUCUUCAUCAUCUACACCUGUGCUGACACGCAAGGAAGUUGGGAAUGCAAGUCAUUUAAGCUUGGCCUCGAUGUUGGUUGAUCAAGUCCAUUGGGAGGAAUCAAAUUCAGACUCCUCUCUUGGAAGACACGCUGUCCCAUUAGAAUCAACCAAUUCUUUGUCUAUUUCUUCUCACCAUAAUGGUACUAAUAAAUCAAAUGAAACUUCUUGCAAUGGCCAAGAAGAAAAUCUCCUCAGGAACUCAAAUAAUAAAGAUGAUGCUUCUAGUCUCAAAACAAGCUUAUCCAAACUGUACCUAAAGGGACUAGACCGCAGGAGCUGCUCUACAGACAUUAGUGGGUCUCUUGACCCAAACCCCUUCUCAGUUCGUCAAAGAAUACAGUCCUUUGAGAAUCUAGCCAGCUUUGAUGGAUCUGUCAUAAAGUGUAUAGACAUACCGUUUUAUACUAAUAACUCAAAGCCACCUCUGAACCGGAGGUUAUCUGGUUAUGCUGGAUCUGUUAGCAGUCAGUCCAGUGACAGCCGUUCUUUGAGGAGGAGUUUCAGCUCUUGUGUAGACAAUUUGAGCUCAACCCCAUCUCCACCGUUUCCACAGAAUUCAUCUUCCACCUCAGUUGUCACCAUCUCUGAAUCAACUCCUCAAAACCAAACCACAGAAGCUGUUAUGAAGGAGAAGGUGAGAAAUGAGGCCUCUGUGAACCAGCCUGCUGUACACACACCACCCGUACUGCGCUCCCGCAAUGCCCGCACACAUGGAGGCCUGUCGCGCUCCAAACUGAGAGAGAUAAAGGCACUGAGCAUGCCUGAACUGGACAAGUUGUGUACUGAGGAUUUCACCAGUGACCCUGGAAAUGUGAUCUUUAAGACGGAGCUGGAAAUCUACCCUUGCAGGUCCAUAGACCCAGCAUCGCACAACCUGCAGUGCACUGUGGUGACCAGGGUGAGCAGGGUUGAUGCUGGGGUUCUUGGUUCAACCAGCAAUGGGGAUCAACAUGAAGGCCAAAUCACAGGGCUCUCAUGCUGGUCUAUAAGUUUGAAAGAUCUUGAAUCUUCUUCUUUGGACCAAAAUAAAGUGCAAGAAGUUCUGUGUUCCCUCAAAACCAAAUUGGAUGUGACAGGUCUCAUACAGGAAACAAGCACUCUUUCAGAGGUUAAAGAUGACAUUUACUUUGUGAUCUUAACCAAAGAGCAAGGAUCUGGACUGGGUUUCAGCAUCGCCGGAGGAGUAGAUCUGGAGCAGAAAUCUAUUACUGUCCAUCGGGUGUUCACUCGAGGGGUGGCAGGCGUGGAAGGUACCAUUCACAGAGGAGACCGAAUUUUGUCAAUAAACGGGACCAGCUUGAGUGGUAUCACACAUGCAGAGGCGCUGUCCUGCCUUCAUCAGACCAGAAUGCCGAAGCAGGCAUUAGUGAUCAUCCAGAAGGACAAGAACACUGAGCCAACAUCACCUAGACAAGAACUUCCCCUUCAGACUGGAAUCUGUCCUACUCCGGCUCAUAGAGACAGCAUCAGAGAACAUAAAACAAGUGUGGAAGUGGGGCCAGACGGGGCUCUGAGUGUGGAGUUACAGAAGACUACAGCCGGUUUAGGGUUCAGUCUAGACGGAGGCAAAGCAUCUGCCCAUGGAGAUCGACCUCUUUUCAUCAAACGCAUUUUCCGUGGAGGCGCUGCUGAACAGUCCCGGGUCAUUGAUGUCGGAGAUGAACUUCUAGCCAUCAAUGGCAGGUCUUUGCAGGGCCUUAUGCAUUACGAUGCCUGGAACAUCAUUAAAACAGUCUCUGAGGGUCCUGUCCAGUUAGUCAUCAGAAAACCCAGGACUUCAGUAUGACGUCUGAUCUAUCUGCACGUGUCCAAACUGUGGUGGACUCUCUUUGUACAUAGACAUUGCAUUCUUUUUAUAUGUCUGUUACAGGAUCUCUAUGAUCUGAUGAAUUUUUUGCACAUUGAUUUUUAUACAAACAGAUGCUUCUGCAGAUUUGUGGUAGACUCACAUAUGCGGGCUCAAGCUAUUUUUAGUAUGUCUUUGAACUUUGUAUCUUAUGGACUUUGUGAUUUAUUACUUUUUGGAGACAUUUAAGCCUAAUUGUAAGAAUUCUAAAUGAUAUAGUAAUAACUGCUUCCCUUGUAUAAUAUAAUUUAAUGACAAUAUUGUGAAAAUUGGUUUAUACUGUACGUAUAGCUAUGAUUAUAUGGUGAUGAUGGAGACCACUAAAGAGUGUGUUCACUCUGCUCAAUCUAAUGGAUUACAGUAGAUCAACAGAUAUCAAACUCUAUGUGAAUCAUAAAACAAGCUUUUGUUUUGAAUUGGUUUAUGACUUUAAAAUGGAUUUGUGGAAUUGUUUCUUUUUUCCUGUUAUCACAGUAAUUUUUUACUGUUCCUUUUGAUGAUUGCAAUUUUUGGGGGGUUUUGGUAUUGACUUAUUUUAUCUUAAAGGUAAAUUGUGUAAUUUUAGUGCACUUCUAUCUCCCCCAUCUGUUCGGCCCUUGAACAGAAAAACAGGAAGCUGCACCCCAGACUCACGCUAUUGGUUGAAGCACAAGAUGACGAAAAAAAAAAAAAAAAAAACGCUGUGACAGAGCCACAGUGUUUACACUUGCUUCACCUUUAAAUACUUGAAUUCAAUCUGGUUAUUAACAUUUAAAAUACAAUCAUAGAUUGAAAAAGUCACCUUAGCAUACUUUAAUUAGAAUCAUGACAUUUCAGGUCUUUUGGUUAUGUUUGAUCAUAUUCUUUCAGCUGUGAAUAUUGUCAUGUUUACCGUCUGAGACUUUCAGUAGAGUUGUCUCCCUGAUAAAAUAUAUCAGUGAUGUUGUUAUAUUUUACUUGAAUUGUCUUUGUGUAAAUAUUGAGGCUCCCACUGAUUUUAUUGUAAUUUAAUUUUGCUGAGUAUUAAGCACAAAUGUAUUAACUAUAGCGUAUAUGAAAAAAGCAAUCAUGAAUAUUUCUUUUGCCUAUCUGACUUUUUGUUCUGCCCUUGUGAAUAAAGACAUCAGAUAUUUUUUAAA